AUGGAUCGCAUCGAACCCGUCGAGGAUGCAACUCCCAGGCACGAGACUCCCGGCGGUCCCUCGAUCGAGUCGUCAACCCCGGCACCCACUUUAUUGCGUCCCGGGGCCCCUUCUCAUCGCUCGCGACGACCGAGUAUUCGAUUGUCUCGAUUGUCAUCCUUCUCCUCGCUAGACACCGACAAUCACCAACCCCAGCCCUCUCCGCAGCCUAACCGGCACCAAACCCCCUCGCUGGAUCGACAAGCGACUAUCCGAUCCCCGGCCCCUACCGAGGAUGACGACUCAUACCAAACAGGUCGACGGCGCAGUAGCUCUGAGCCGCGGCCAGGACGAUGGUCAUCCCCUCCCCCGGAUGUUCUCUCGCGGGUGGCCACUCCCAUGCGGAUGAUGCCUUUGUCCGAGGAGUCGUCCCACCAGAGCCCGGUCGCAACCUCCCCUUCAGGGCAGGAGCCUGAGCAAAAUGACCCAGAACUCCUCCAGCGACCUCCCUUGGCCGUGUCACGACCAGGGGGUCGACUGCGCCGAACGAGUCAAGCCGCACUCAACCGAUUCAGCCGCAACCGUGCAUCGACUGUUACUGGCGCCCCGCCGACACUCUCCUCGCAACAAAACCAACGGACGGGAGAGUACGGGCCUCAUGUCGUCGAUGUGCUGGAUGUGAUUGAUCCGGAGGUUUCUGCGCUGUCCACCCUCACCAAUGUGCAAAAUUCUUUGUUCGUGCCGAACCUGGGUGGCUUCGUGAAUCGCAUGCCAACCUACACCCUCACACCGGCGCCUCCCACAGAUGAAGAGCAGGGGACCACGACGGAUGAAGGAGAGAUGUCAGAGGACUCGAAACUCAAACAACGGCAGACAUUGGAGCAACUUCGCCCAUUUACCAGCAUGUCCUCGGUACUUGCCGGUCCCCGGUACGCGGUGCUUCCGGAGGGCCACGAAUUGGAGGGAUGGACUCGAGAGGACUUUGUCGAACUGAACGAUCAUGUCCGACACAUGCUCCAUUCUCGUCGGUCCAAAUUCAAGCGAUCGAUGAAAGGGUUUUGGCAGUAUGUGCGCAAACCACUGGGCUUUCUCGUCACCCUCUAUGCAACCCUAAUCACCUUGUUUGGGCUAGCGUGGGUUCUUUUUUUGAUCGGCUGGAUCAAUGUUGGCGGGAAGCAGCUGGAGGUUAUCAACAUCAUCGACAACAUCCUGGUCGGCCUGUUUGCCAUUAUGGGUGAUGGCCUGGCUCCGUUCCGGGCCGUCGACACAUACCACAUGAUUUUCAUUGCACAUUACACCUUCCUCACGUGGAAGAUUCGUGGGAAACGGAAGCUCCCUGAUCUCAAGGACAAGAAUGAUCUCCCCGUGCAACGGGAGAAGGACAUCGAUGUUGAAUUCGGCGACACCCCCAAGGAAGCUGAACACGAAUUCACCGUGCUCGAUCCCCGCCAACAGCUGCGGUUGGUACAUCACCAGAACAAGUUUGCCAAGUCGCACACAUUCUACAAACCUCACGAGACCAUGACCCAUUACGCAUUCCCCACGCGCAUCCUCAUUGCCAUCGUGGUCUUGUUGGACUGCCAUUCCCUCCUCCAGAUGGCUCUCGGCGCUUGUACGUGGAGCAUGGAAAAACCUGGGCAGCGACCACAAGCCCUAACCACCGUCAUCCUUUGCUGUUCCAUCACCUGUAACAUCUCGGGGGGUGUCUUAAUCAUGAUCGGUGACCGACGGACUCGAAAGAAGGAAAUUGUGGAGCGACUCUUUCGACAACAGCUGACUGAAGAGGUGAUGAAGAAGAUGGAGAAGCGCAAGGUUAAAGAGGAGCGCCGCAGUGCCCAGAUUGAACGUCCGCAGCCCUACGGUGGCACCUAA